AAACAACCCCAAAAGAUUUAUUAUCUUCAGGAUGAUAAAGCAUGGCGUCUAAAUCCAUAAGAGCAAAAACGAAUUACUAAAAUUGGAUAAACAGAAAAAUUACCGACUUCUAUAUUUGUUACUAUGUUUAGGCAACGUUUUUCGGAACAAAUGAAAAUCAAAAAACGUGAAUCAUUCAUUAUAUUUAGAAGAAAACUAACAUUUAAUACGUAACCAUAAUAAAUUUUUGUAAGCCUCGAGAGUAAAAUAAGAAUGUUUGCCAAAUUUAUCACUUAUGUCUUAUUGAACUAUUGAAAUGAGUCCACCAAAUUUACCACAAAGUUCGCGAAAAGGGGCAAAUUCGUACGGCGAGAGAUUGAUCGAAAAUUGGCAGGAGGGUCAUGGUGUCAAAUGUACGCAAUGUCACAAAUUUCAUGAAGGUAAUGAAGAGAGGCAAAUAGUGGAGGCAAAAACAUCAGAGGAAACAUUAAGCGAAGCUAAUUCUGAAGUGAAUACCGAAGAGGAACACUCAUCAAUGAGGGAGAAUCAAGAGGAAGAGUAUCGAUCAAUAGCAUACCCUUGCCGAGGCAUGAAAACAUAUGCAGAAGUAGUCCUGGCAGAACUGAAGGAGCUUCAGUGGCGUCGCGAUCUUUUGGAACGUCAUUAUACCAACGGUGUUAAAAAAAUAAUGAAUGAAUAUUUUUUCUGGAAUGGCAGGUAUCCCAGUGGUCAGACAAUGAUUGCACUGGAAAAUGAAGAUCGCAUGAGAGCUGGCGGAAUGAAAAAAAAUCAAUCCUAUGGAGUACGCCUGGAAUGCGGCUGUAUUCAUAAUUGUGAUAGAGUCCGACGAAAAGCUUUGAACUUUAAGCAUGAAACUCGCCCACAUUCUAUGAAGAUCCAUAAAUGAAGCCAGUGAUUGCAAAGGAAGGUGCCCUGGAGAUCCGAAGCUGCGCAUUCUUCCUAAAAUAUUCUGUGAUCUUUCUUUGUUAUAAAAUAUAGACAACAUUGAUGCUU